CGUCCCGGUCUUGGUCCUGGGUUAGGUCUUGGUACCAGAUAUUCGCACAAGCUUGGAGAAAGAAACGCGUGUAUGUGUGCGGCUACUCGUGUGGAUGCGUGGCGCUGUUUCCCUUCUGUUUUCGGAAACGUGGCUGUGGAUGCGUGGGCGUGUAGUCCUUGAUGCGCCUCUGUGGAUGCGUUUGCAUGCGCUCCGUUCUAUCUUGUCUUUCUCUUCCUCGUCCUAUUCCUCUGCUCCGCCUCCUUACGCUCACAGCAAUGCGUGUCUGCGUACGCGUGUGUUCACGCAGCAGCGUCGAGAAUCCACACUUCCUGAUGCAGAAUCCGCGGUCAAGGGCGUAUGCGGACACGUCCAAGAAUACGGGUUGCCUUUGGACCGCUGUCUGGCCAGAAGAGCGGAACACCCGUGAAUAGGAGACGGCACGUCGUCGGCGGCAUCACGGCCGUCCUGCACGCCCCGUCCACUCC